AUGCCCGAUGAACCAAACUUGAAGCUGCAGGGUAUGUGGAUGCUUCUACUGCGCAUUGUUCCUUUACACGAGUCAGAGGACACAGCUUGGUUUGCUGUUAAUGGAGUGCCCAUUCGGUAUUCAAUGAGAGAGCAUGCUCUCAUCUCGGGAUUGGACUGCCAUGACUACCCGGCUAAGUAUAAGAAGAUUGGAAGCUUUGCGUUUGUAGACAGGCAUUUCAAAUCACAUAAGGAGAUCACGAUGAUAUUUGUGAGAGAGAAGUUGUUGAGUAUGAGUGUGUGUGGGGAUCGACUCAGGAUGGCAGUGCUUUACUUCUUAGGCACGAUUAUCAGAGGGAAGGGAAGGUAUAAUGCCCCUUUUGACCCUUUCAUAUUAAGAGUCGUUAACGAUGUGGAGGUUUGUAAAACCUUUCCUUGGGGUCGCUUGACGUUUGAAGAUGCUCUCCGGUCCAUCACUCGCGUGAUGAAGCAUCUGAAAGGGAAACCUAAGAGUAAUGUCAACUUUCCCGGGUUCAUAAUUCCUUUUGAAAUCCUGGCAUUUGAGUGUAUUCCAGCUCUGAAAGCACGAUUUAGAGAAGGUGUAGAUAGCUGUAUGAGUAAGUGUCCGAGGAUGUGUAAAAAGCGGUUCCAAAGUAACAGCAUGAAGGGUUAUCCUCUUGAGGAUUUGUACGACACACUUCGAGAAAUUAAGGUUAUUGAUAGUGUUCUUGUUCCUACUGUUGAUAAGGAACCUCUCAUGGCACGCAUAAUGGCUGGGGAGCCAGACUAUGAAAAUGAAGAAGGCGUGAGUAAUUUGUGGAGCACAUGGUUGACUGUUAAGGAGAAGUCUAUCUUUUGGCAAGAACUCUAUGAGUUAGAUGUGGCUGCAAGGGAGUUUCCUCAGAAGAAAGACAAAAGAAAAGUGCAUGAAGAAGCAUCCUCCUCUAAUACAAGUUUGGAGGACGUUUUGAAAGGGUUUGAAGAGAGGUUGAUGACAUGUUUGAGUGAAGUGAAUGGGAAGGUGGAGAAAAUGAACAAGAGGCUUGGGAAAUUUGAAACUUGCCAAAAGGCCAAGAAGGUGGAGACAUUGGACGAGAGAAUUGAUGGCAUUGAGAAAGAAAUGAAGGAAAUGAAAGAGAAGGAGGAGGAUAACGAGAACAAUGAGGGUUUCGACUACCAAGGGAUGGAUUAUGACUGGGGUGGGCAGCGGAAUGACCGCAAUGGAGUGGACGCAACAACUAAAGAACCUGAAGAUGCAGAUAUGGUUGAAAAUACAGAGGUGGUAGAAGAGAAAAAAAGUGAAGAAGAGGCUCAGAAGGACGAUAGAGAGAGUGAAGAAGAGGCUCAGAAGGACGUUAGAGGUUCUGAGGAAGAGAGAGAACCUGGACCUGAAGCAGUUGCUGAAGAAGACAAAGAAAAAGAGGAUGAAAAAGUUGAGAAUGAAAAAAUAUCUGAGAAAGAACCUGAUGAGGUUCAAGAUGAGGUUGAGAUGAAUGAAGCCAAUGAGAUUGAAGAAGAGGUUGAAACAAAGGCUCGGGUUGAAGUUGAAACCGAGAAAACUCCUACACCACCACGUGGUAGGACUAAGGCAGCAGCCGCGAGGAGAAAAGUCCUUACAACACCAGAGAAGUUGUUCGAAAAGGAUGAAAAAAUGGUGGAGGAAGAGGUGGAAGAACCUGAGGAAGAGGCUGAAGAAAUGGUGGAGGAUGAGGUGGAAGAACCCGAGAAAGAGACUGAAAAAUAUACUGAGGAAGAAAAGCAAGAGUGGUACAUGGUUGUCUACGAAGGCAGUAUUUGUGAAACGAAGGAAGCUGACAAGGGAGCAGCCAAGCCUUUUGGAACUGGGGUCAAGCAUAGGACAAAGCAAAUGGCGUUGAGGAAGCAGGCUCCUAAGCCGAGGGGUAGACCGAGAAAGUUUACUCAACCAAAGAAGUUCACAACGCCAUAA